AUGUUCUCGUCCUCGGUAUUGGUAGCGCUGCUACAGCUCAGCACUUCAGCAUGGGGGCGAAGUGUCGUCAAAGCACCAGUCAAAAGACAGUCGUAUGAUUUCAUCAACAUCACUCAGUACAACAGUACUCCGGGCCCCGUUGAACUCAGCGUAUCCCUCAAUGCAGGAGGAAGAAACCAGACCGCCCCUUUGCUAUAUGGUUGGUGGGUGGCCUUUUACCAUGUCUCCCCUUACGUGAUCCUGUGGCUGAUUAGAGGUAGGAUGCACGAAGACAUCUCCCACUCUGGUGACGGAGGCAUCUAUGGUGAGGCUCUAGUGAACCGUGCCUUUCAAGGCUCUGGGGCCAUCAUUGGCGCUGUACAGGGUAUUCCAGGCAGUAGCGUCCAAUAUUCUGAGAACCCAAUAUUACCGUGGGGUCCAGUCAUCACUGGCUGGCGAGGUAUCGGAGGGGUGAAUCUCAGUUUAACGCUGCUUCAUCCCUUAUCCGAUGCUUUACCCAUUGCCCUGCAGGUGGAUAUCCCUUGGGACGCUACAGGCGAAGUUGGAAUUUUAAACGAAGGCUGGUGGGGGAUAGACGUUCGCCCCGGAACAUAUAAUGCCUCGUUCUAUAUCUUGUCCAACAAGCCACGCAAUAACGGGACCCUGUCUCAUAUUGACGUGUCAUUGAGAUCGAACUUGACCGACGACGUUUGGUCUUCUUCCAGUAUCUCAUUCGGGGAAGGACAGAACAUUUCCAGCUUUGAAUGGACGCAGUACGAAGUCCAGCUCGGCAAUACCGUCAAGGCACCAAAUUCGAACAACACCUUUGCCAUUACAUUCGACGCAAGCGAAGUCGCCGGAAACACAUACUACUUUUCCCUUGUCAGUUUGUUCCCUGAGACAUACAAAAACCGGCCAAACGGGAUUCGCAAAGACCUCGGUGAAGCCAUCGUCAAUCUAGGUUCCAAAGUGCUACGAUUCCCUGGCGGCAACAACAUUGAAGGGUACAGUAUUGAUCAACGAUGGAAGUGGCACGAGACCAUUGGUCCGCUCAAAGACCGCAAAGGCCGUGUUGGAGACUGGGGCUACACCAACACCAAUGGCUUGGGGCUCAUGGAAUAUCUCGAGUUCUGUGAGGACGGAGGCAUUGAACCUGUUCUUGCGGUGUAUGCAGGAUUCUCUCUCGACAUCUGGGGCCAAGACGGUGUUUCGUUCCCCGAAGACCGUAUGGGCGAUGUUCUUCAAGACAUUCUCAACGAGCUCGAAUACAUUACCGGCGACACGAGUACGCAUUACGGGGCUCUUCGCGCUUCUCAUGGUCAUCCUGAACCUUUCGCUCUCAAAUAUGUCGAAAUCGGAAAUGAAGACUGGUUCAGCUCAACGUAUCCGUACCGUUUCCCGAUACUCUACAACGGCAUCAAGCAAGCCUACCCGGAGAUUACUCUGAUCUCUACGGCAUUUGACGAGAACGACGACUACAACAUCACGAUUCCCGCCGGCGGCAUGUGGGACACGCACCACUACGAAGAGCCGAGCUACUUCAUCGAGCACUUUGACUUCUUCGACAACUGGCAAGAGUCGACCGGCAACACCGACGUGACCGUGUUCAUAGGCGAGUACUCUGUGUUCCAAGUCGACACACCCGACGGGGCGGUCAACUACUCCAUGCCACUGGGCAAGCACAUCUUCUACCCUACACUGAUGGCCGCGAUAGGCGAGGGCGUGUACCUGCUGGGCGCGGAGCGGAACCCCAACGUGGUCAAGAUGACCUCGUACGCACCGAGCCUCGUCAAUCUGAACUGGCAGAACUGGACCCCCGACCUGGUCGCCUUCACCGCCAACCACGACGAAACCGUCCUGAGCGCAAGUUACUACUCACAGCAGCUGCUGGCGUCGUACCGCGGAACACAGACGCUCCCCGUCACCACGAACCAGGGAGACUACAAUCCGCUGUGGUGGGUCGCGACGGCCACGGAAGGUGACGAACGGGUGUAUUUCAAGGUCAUCAAUUCGGGAAACAGCAGUGUCCCCCUGACCGUGAACUUUGACGAGGGGUUCAGUGCUGUCAACGGAACCAUUCUGACGCAUCCUGACAUUGCAGCCUUUAACUACAUCGGCAACGCGACCGCCGUAUCAUUGGCACCCAUCACCGAUCUGCCUGCCGCUUCGGCAGGAGAGACGACGUUCACGUGGGCAGUCCCGCCGUGGUCGGUCAAUGUAUUGGAGUUCCAGAUGACGUGA